GUGGGAUUCUGAGAAACAGUGGGCUCUAAAAGAUUAUCCUUCUGUAGUUUAGUUAAAUAGAAAUGGAAAGGUAUUUAAGUGAGGUUUUAUGUAUACUUUUAAUAUUGCUUGAGCAUUUCUUGGUUUUAAAAGUUUGUAAAGGGUUAGACUGCAUAUUACACAAUUUCAUAUGUCUAUCGUAAAGAGAGCUCAGAAGGAACCUCGGAAGUCUCUAAGUCUUUCUGUUCUCAUAACAAGAGCUAGAUGAUUUAUCAGGCAGGUCCUCUUCAGGUAGACAUUCAUAAGAGAAGUGGUUUCAGUAGUUCUUUCUAUGUCGUUUCUAACUUGGGGAAUUUCAGGGAAGGCCUAACUUUAAGAACAUUUAUUGGAGCUAGCAGUCAGGAUCAGAUGUUCGAUCACUUUAUUAUGUUUGGAGUUCAGCAGCAGUAGUAUCCUUAUUCUUUAACUGAAUUUGUUCUGUAUAUAAUGCAUCUGGCAGUUUUACAAGCCUCGUUUGGAAGAUAGCCUGUCUUGAUAAAAGAUAAAAUGCAUAUUAUCGUUUACAUAAAUUAUGGAUGAUUAACAAGCUUUAAUGGUAUGAGGUUGUAUUGAGAGCAACAGCUUUGUUACCUUAUAAAUUAUAUUGGUGAAUUCCAUGAAAGUACAUUUUUGAAUUGUGUUGAGGUUUAACAUUUUAUUUUGCUUUCUGUCAUUAUGCUAAGGAUUCAACUGGCUUUGUUCACCCCUCCCAGAAUAUUGUUACUUUUUAGAGAUAAAACUUACUAAUCGUAAGGCUGUAACUCUUCCCUACCGUCUAGCUCAUCCAAGUUGAUAUCAAGGGAUGUAAGGGAGGAUGUAUGGUCACUGUGAAAACAGGGCUAUUGUGUUGUUACAGAUAACAAGAAUGGAUGAUUUGAAACUUUUUUUUUCAGACUUGUCCUUUCACAACCCCCAACAUCUGGUAGAAACUGGUUUGCUCUCAAUGACUGUAAUUACCAUCAAAUACAGCCUGAGAGUUUACUUGUGUCAUUUUCAGUUUUUGUGAUUUACGUUAAACAGUUUCAGCAUUGAGAGUGAGAUGCUUAAGAAUUUUAAUUUCAUGUGAGUGUGCAGAAAUUAUAAGAAACUAUUAAUUUAGAGCUGGUCACCAAAUGAAAUUUUAGAACCUUCAGUGCUGCUCUUUAGUAUUUUCCAUCUCCUACCUUUACACUGGAAAUGAAUUUUUUAACUUCGAUCUACAAAAGUGCAUAAAAAUUCCUCUGUCCAUAGAGUUUAUUUUAGAUAUUUCUCUAUGAGUGACUAUACACUAGAAUGUACAUUUGUAUAGAAAAAGUAAUUUAUAUAACUUAGAAGAAAGUCGUUUUUAUAACUUAUCUAUCUCUCUCUGGUUUUUAUUUGUGUCACUUCUGCAUUGCCCAGUAUUUUGAGUGGGGGGAAAAAUGAACUUACCUGGCCCCACCUCCUGUUCCAGUGUGAAAUACUGACACUUGCUGCCAGCCCAGCCUCCUCACAUAGGGCAUUAGAAAUAUCAGACAGUCCACAAGGUUAGAGCACCUCAUUCAUGAGGUUCUGUUAUUUAUUCGCCUCUCCCACUAAAAUGCAGGGCAUAAAUUUAUGUGUCUGCUCUAAGACUGCAGCUGCCUGCCCCCCCCCCUCCCCCGCCCUCCUCCUGCCCUUCCUGUGUCAGUGUUACAUUCGCUCCCCCCUCUUUUGGUCUCAGGUCUGUCUCCUUUUUGUUUUUAUGGGUGAUUUGCAGUGAUUCAGACAGGGCAUCCUUGCAUGUUGGCACUUCCUGGAGGUUACCAGGAGGCAGCCAUCCUUCCUUGGCUUGGCCAGGCAUCCCCGACUCCACCCCACUUUCCCCUUGGUGGUGGAAAGGUGGGUUGGAGGUGUGUACUGGGGCACAUAGCCCAGGAAUGUUGCUCUGAGAAGAGGACAUGUGCAGUAGACACAAAAAUAUAAGGAAGCAAUUAUGUUCAUCAAGCCGAAAGUUGCAGAUUUUGAGGAAAUGUGUUUAAGAUACCGCUACAUAAUAAAAGGGAAAACCACUUGGCAUUUAAAUAACUUACUUCAAGAGGAAAUUAUGAUAUUUUCAGUCUACAAAUAGAGUGGUUUUUAAGCCAACCUUGAGUAGGUACAAGCAAAUUAUAAACAGUCUGCUCAAAUGAUUUUACUAUACUUAGACUAGUAAAUGGCUCCUCUUCUCCCUCCCUCUGGUCCCUAUGUCCCAGUGCUGUCCCUCAUAUGUUACAAUUGUUCGUGUAUGUAUUUUAGAAUAUUCACAGGUAAAUGAUGCAAAUAAUAAUGUUAAAUCAUCCUCAAACUGGGUGUAUAUGACUUUAGGUAAAACAGUUCCUUACUCUAAUUGUCUGUUGAAAGCUUUCUGAUCUUUCUGAUAAUACUAUACAUUUUAGUAUAUGUGGCAAUACUUUUGAGGGGGGGAAUAGCCAUUUUAACAACAAAACUUGUCACCUAUACCUACUAUAUAGGGCAUUUUGCUAUGCUGUAUAUUGAAGGCUAUAUUGUAAUGAUAGAAACUUUCUUAAGUUUGUAUGACUUCUAGAAAGCUGCUUUCAGAGUGAAAAUCUCCUAGGUCAUUUGUUGAAAGGUUACUUAGACUGGGUGUGUAAUGUGUUUUCUUACAUCUCAUGAUUGAAACCAUGGGAAUUGUGGUUCAGAGAGAAGUACUGAAAGUGAAUGUCUAUAAGGUAUCAUCUGAGAAGGGUUCUGGAAUUUGGGGUUUUGUUGUUGUUACGGAGAUGGGAUCUUGCUAUGUUGUUCAGGCUGGUCUCCAACUCCUGGUCUCAAGUGAGCCUCACAUAGCUAAAAGUGGUGAAGCUUGGACAUGAAUACUGGCCCUUAACUUCUCUGCUAUCCUGCCUCUCAUAGUCUGCCUCUCUCAUAGUAAAUAAAUACAGAUUAUACUUAUUAUCAGGCCAAAAUUGUGACCACAGUGUGGGACAUUGGGACUUGGUUGCAUUGCUCUAACCAGCAAGAAGCUUGGGUAUCAGCUUUGAAAAUUAUUCCCUUCUGUGUCACCUCUUGAAUCAAAUGUGUACCAUUGGUGCAGCCUCCCUAAACGGAUACAGUAUUUCUUCAUUCUGCUUACAUAUGACUCUUUAAAAAAAAAAAAAAACUAACUCCACUGCGCUAUUGUAUCAGAAGUGGCGAGAAGAAAUUAUUGUAGUACAGCUGAGACUCGGCAGCCCAGAUUACAGGGGAGAAGUGGCCUGGCGGUUUGACUGUUGCUGAUAUGUGUUCAAGAUGAGUGGGAUGGGAGAAAAUACCUCUGACCCCUCCAGGGCAGAGACAAGAAAGCGCAAGGAAUGUCCUGACCAACUUGGACCCAGCCCCAAAAGGAACACUGAAAAACGUAAUCGUGAACAGGAAAAUAAAUAUAUAGAAGAACUUGCAGAGUUGAUUUUUGCAAAUUUUAAUGAUAUAGACAACUUUAACUUCAAACCUGACAAAUGUGCAAUCUUAAAAGAAACUGUGAAGCAAAUUCGUCAGAUCAAAGAACAAGAGAAAGCAGCAGCUGCCAACAUAGAUGAAGUGCAGAAGUCAGAUGUAUCCUCUACAGGGCAGGGUGUCAUCGACAAGGAUGCGCUGGGGCCUAUGAUGCUUGAGGCCCUUGAUGGGUUCUUCUUUGUAGUGAACCUGGAAGGCAACGUUGUGUUUGUGUCAGAGAAUGUGACACAGUAUCUAAGGUAUAACCAAGAAGAGCUGAUGAACAAAAGUGUAUAUAGCAUCUUGCAUGUUGGGGACCACACGGAAUUUGUCAAAAACCUGCUGCCAAAGUCUAUAGUAAAUGGGGGAUCUUGGUCCGGCGAACCUCCGAGGCGGAACAGCCAUACCUUCAAUUGUCGGAUGCUGGUAAAACCUUUACCUGAUUCAGAAGAGGAGGGUCAUGAUAACCAGGAAGCUCAUCAGAAAUAUGAAACUAUGCAGUGCUUCGCUGUCUCUCAACCAAAGUCCAUCAAAGAAGAAGGAGAAGAUUUGCAGUCCUGCUUGAUUUGCGUGGCAAGAAGAGUUCCCAUGAAGGAAAGACCAGUUCUUCCCUCAUCAGAAAGUUUUACUACUCGCCAGGAUCUCCAAGGCAAGAUCACGUCUCUGGAUACCAGCACCAUGAGAGCAGCCAUGAAACCAGGCUGGGAGGACCUGGUAAGAAGGUGUAUUCAGAAGUUCCAUGCGCAGCAUGAAGGAGAAUCUGUGUCCUAUGCUAAGAGGCAUCAUCAUGAAGUACUGAGACAAGGAUUGGCAUUCAGUCAAAUCUAUCGUUUUUCCUUGUCUGAUGGCACUCUUGUUGCUGCACAAACGAAGAGCAAACUCAUCCGUUCUCAGACUACUAAUGAACCUCAACUUGUAAUAUCUUUACAUAUGCUUCACAGAGAGCAGAAUGUGUGUGUGAUGAAUCCGGAUCUGACUGGACAAACGAUGGGGAAGCCACUGAAUCCAAUUAGCUCUAACAGCCCUGCCCAUCAGGCCCUGUGCAGUGGGAACCCAGGUCAGGACAUGACCCUCAGUAGCAAUAUAAAUUUUCCCGUAAAUGGCCCAAAGGAACAAAUGGGCAUGCCCAUGGGCAGGUUUGGUGGUUCUGGGGGAAUGAACCAUGUGUCAGGCAUGCAAGCAACCACUCCUCAGGGUAGUAACUAUGCACUCAAAAUGAAUAGCCCCUCACAAAGCAGCCCUGGCAUGAAUCCAGGACAGCCCACCUCCAUGCUUUCACCAAGGCAUCGCAUGAGCCCUGGAGUGGCUGGCAGCCCUCGAAUCCCACCCAGUCAGUUUUCCCCUGCAGGAAGCUUGCAUUCCCCUGUGGGAGUUUGCAGCAGCACAGGAAAUAGCCAUAGUUAUACCAACAGCUCCCUCAAUGCACUUCAGGCCCUCAGCGAGGGGCACGGGGUCUCAUUAGGGUCAUCGUUGGCUUCACCAGACCUAAAAAUGGGCAAUUUGCAAAACUCCCCAGUUAAUAUGAAUCCUCCCCCACUCAGCAAGAUGGGAAGCUUGGACUCAAAAGACUGUUUUGGACUAUAUGGGGAGCCCUCUGAAGGUACAACUGGACAAGCAGAGAGCAGCUGCCAUCCUGGAGAGCAAAAGGAAACAAAUGACCCCAACCUGCCCCCGGCCGUGAGCAGUGAGAGAGCUGACGGGCAGAGCAGACUGCAUGACAGCAAAGGGCAGACCAAACUCCUGCAGCUGCUGACCACCAAAUCUGAUCAGAUGGAGCCCUCGCCCUUAGCCAGCUCUUUGUCGGAUACAAACAAAGAUUCCACAGGUAGCUUGCCUGGUUCUGGGUCUACACAUGGAACCUCGCUCAAGGAGAAGCAUAAAAUUUUGCACAGACUCUUGCAGGACAGCAGUUCCCCUGUGGACUUGGCCAAGUUAACAGCAGAAGCCACAGGCAAAGACCUGAGCCAGGAGUCCAGCAGCACAGCUCCUGGAUCAGAAGUGACUAUUAAACAAGAGCCGGUGAGCCCCAAGAAGAAAGAGAAUGCACUACUUCGCUAUUUGCUAGAUAAAGAUGAUACUAAAGAUAUUGGUUUACCAGAAAUAACCCCCAAACUUGAGCGACUGGACAGUAAGACAGAUCCUGCCAGUAACACAAAAUUAAUAGCAAUGAAAACUGAGAAGGAGGAGAUGAGCUUUGAGCCUGGUGACCAGCCUGGCAGUGAGCUGGACAACUUGGAGGAGAUUUUGGAUGAUUUGCAGAAUAGUCAAUUACCACAGCUUUUCCCAGACACGAGGCCAGGCGCCCCUGCUGGAUCAGUUGACAAGCAAGCCAUCAUCAAUGACCUCAUGCAACUCACAGCUGAAAACAGCCCUGUCACACCUGUUGGAGCCCAGAAAACAGCACUGCGAAUUUCACAGAGCACUUUUAAUAACCCACGACCAGGGCAACUGGGCAGGUUAUUGCCAAACCAGAAUUUACCACUUGACAUCACACUGCAAAGCCCAACUGGUGCUGGACCUUUCCCACCAAUCAGAAACAGUAGUCCCUACUCAGUGAUACCUCAGCCAGGAAUGAUGGGUAAUCAAGGGAUGAUAGGAAACCAAGGAAAUUUAGGGAACAGUAGCACAGGAAUGAUUGGUAACAGUGCUUCUCGGCCUACUAUGCCAUCUGGAGAAUGGGCACCACAGAGUUCGGCUGUGAGAGUCACCUGUGCUGCUACUACCAGUGCCAUGAACCGGCCAGUCCAAGGAGGUAUGAUUCGGAACCCAGCAGCCAGCAUCCCCAUGAGGCCCAGCAGCCAGCCUGGCCAAAGACAGACGCUUCAGUCUCAGGUCAUGAAUAUAGGGCCAUCUGAAUUAGAGAUGAACAUGGGGGGACCUCAGUAUAGCCAACAACAAGCUCCUCCAAAUCAGACUGCCCCAUGGCCUGAAAGCAUCCUGCCUAUAGACCAGGCGUCUUUUGCCAGCCAAAACAGGCAGCCAUUUGGCAGUUCUCCAGAUGACUUGCUAUGUCCACAUCCUGCAGCUGAGUCUCCGAGUGAUGAGGGAGCUCUCCUGGACCAGCUGUAUCUGGCCUUGCGGAAUUUCGAUGGCCUGGAGGAGAUUGAUAGAGCCUUAGGAAUACCCGAACUGGUCAGCCAGAGCCAAGCAGUAGAUCCAGAACAGUUCUCAAGUCAGGAUUCCAACAUCAUGCUGGAGCAGAAGGCGCCCGUUUUCCCACAGCAGUAUGCAUCUCAGGCACAAAUGGCCCAGGGUAGCUAUUCUCCCAUGCAAGAUCCAAACUUUCACACCAUGGGACAGCGGCCUAGUUAUGCCACACUCCGUAUGCAGCCCAGACCGGGCCUCAGGCCCACGGGCCUAGUGCAGAACCAGCCAAAUCAACUAAGACUUCAACUUCAGCAUCGCCUCCAAGCACAGCAGAAUCGCCAGCCACUUAUGAAUCAAAUCAGCAAUGUUUCCAAUGUGAACUUGACUCUGAGGCCUGGAGUACCAACACAGGCACCUAUUAAUGCACAGAUGCUGGCCCAGAGACAGAGGGAAAUCCUGAACCAGCAUCUUCGACAGAGACAAAUGCAUCAGCAACAGCAAGUUCAGCAACGAACUUUGAUGAUGAGAGGACAAGGGUUGAAUAUGACACCAAGCAUGGUGGCUCCUAGUGGUAUGCCAGCAACUAUGAGCAACCCUCGGAUUCCCCAGGCAAAUGCACAGCAGUUUCCAUUUCCUCCAAACUACGGAAUAAGUCAGCAACCUGAUCCAGGCUUUACUGGGGCUACGACUCCCCAGAGCCCACUUAUGUCACCCCGAAUGGCACAUACACAGAGUCCCAUGAUGCAACAGUCUCAGGCCAACCCAGCCUAUCAGGCCCCCUCCGACAUAAAUGGAUGGGCACAGGGGAACAUGGGCGGAAACAGCAUGUUUUCCCAGCAGUCCCCACCACACUUUGGGCAGCAAGCAAACACCAGCAUGUACAGUAACAACAUGAACAUCAAUGUGUCCAUGGCGACCAACACAGGUGGCAUGAGCAGCAUGAACCAGAUGACAGGACAGAUCAGCAUGACCUCAGUGACCUCCGUGCCUACGUCAGGGCUGUCCUCCAUGGGUCCCGAGCAGGUUAAUGAUCCUGCUCUGAGGGGAGGCAACCUGUUCCCAAACCAGCUGCCUGGAAUGGAUAUGAUUAAGCAGGAGGGAGACACAACACGGAAAUAUUGCUGACACUGCUGAAGCCAGUUGCUUCUUCAGCUGACCGGGCUCACUUGCUCAAAACACUUCCAGUCUGGAGAGCUGUGUCUAUUUGUUUCAACCCAACUGACCUGCCAGCCAGUUCUGCUAGAGCAGACAGGCCUGGCCCUGGUUCCCAGGGUGGCGUCCACUCGGCUGUGGCAGGAGGAGCUGCCUCUUCUCUUGACAGUCUGAAGCUCGCAUCCAGACAGUCGCUCAGUCUGUUCACUGCAUUCACCUUAGUGCAACUUAGAUCUCUCCUGCAAAAGUAAAUGUUGACAGGCAAAUUUCAUACCCAUGUCAGAUUGAAUGUAUUUAAAUGUAUGUAUUUAAGGAGAACCAUGCUCUUGUUCUGUUCCUGUUCGGUUCCAGACACUGGUUUCUUGCUUUGUUUUCCCUGGCUAACAGUCUAGUGCAAAAGAUUAAGAUUUUAUCUGGGGGAAAGAAAAGAAUUUUUUAAAAAAUUAAACUAAAGAUGUUUUAAGCUAAAGCCUGAAUUUGGGAUGGAAGCAGGACAGACACCGUGGACAGCGCUGUAUUUACAGACACACCCAGUGCGUGAAGACCAACAAAGUCACAGUCGUAUCUCUAGAAAGCUCUAAAGACCAUGUUGGAAAGAGUCUCCAGUUACUGAACAGAUGAAAAGGAGCCUGUGAGAGGGCUGUUAACAUUAGCAAAUAUUUUUUCCUUGUUUUUUCUUUGUUAAAACCAAACUGGUUCACCUGAAUCAUGAAUUGAGAAGAAAUAAUUUUCAUUUCUAAAUUAAGUCCCUUUUAGUUUGAUCAGACAGCUUGAAUCAGCAUCUCUUCUUCCCUGUCAGCCUGACUCUUCCCUUCCCCUCUCUCAUUCCCCAUACUCCCUACUUUCAUUCCUUUUUUAAAAAAUAAUAUAAGCUACAGAAACCAGGUAAGCCCUUUAUUUCCUUAAAUGUUUUGCCAGCCACUUACCAAUUGCUAAGUAUUGAAUUUCAGAAAAAAAAAAUGCAUUUACUGGCAAGGAGAAGAGCAAAGUUAAGGCUUGAUACCAAUCGAGCUAAGGAUACCUGCUUUGGAAGCAUGUUUAUUCUGUUCCCCAGCAACUCUGGCCUCCAAAAUGGGAGAAAACGCCAGUGUGUUUAAAUUGAUAGCAGAUAUCACGACAGAUUUAACCUCUGCCAUGUGUUUUUUAUUUUGUUUUUUAGCAGUGCUGACUAAGCCGAAGUUUUGUAAGGUACAUAAAAUCCAAUUUAUAUGUAAACAAGCAAUAAUUUAAGUUGAGAACUUAUGUGUUUUAAUUGUAUAAUUUUUGUGAGGUAUACAUAUUGUGGAAUUGACUCAAAAAUGAGGUACUUCAGUAUUAAAUUAGAUAUCUUCAUAGCAAUGUCUCCUAAAGGUGUUUUGUAAAGGAUAUCAAUGCCUUGAUUAGACCUAAUUUGUAGACUUAAGACUUUUUAUUUUCUAAACCUUGUGAUUCUGCUUAUAAGUCAUUUAUCUAAUCUAUAUGAUAUGCAGCCGCUGUAGGAACCAAUUCUUGAUUUUUAUAUGUUUAUAUUCUUUCUUAAUGAACCUUAGAAAGACUACAUGUUACUAAGCAGGCCACUUUUAUGGUUGUUUUUCUUGCCCACUCUGGUAGGGGAAUAAUCUUUUAUUAAUGGGUGUCAGUUUCAGACAACUGCAAUACCAAGAAACUGAUGACCUUUUUUGAGCUAUUUCUCCUUAACCCCUAAUACCUUUCUUACCUAAAUUUCAGAAUGAUAUCUUUUUGAUGUCUAAAAAGCAAAGCAUUUUAUAAUAUCUCAUUAGCCAGGCUUUUUAGGAACAGAGAAGUUUUUCCUUGAAAUUUGAUUGUUUGUUUAUUUGUGGCAAGGUGAAAAAUGUACAAACUACCCCUAUUUAUACUUAUAUCUCUCUCUAUAUGUACACAUUAUGGAAAUACAGAAAGAGAUAUAGCCCAAAGAUAGAUGGUAAGUAGACAGUCUGAAAAUGUUGCUCCAUACUAAAGAAACUUUCUGGAAAUUUGCAUUUCGCUACUUUUUUCCACUUGAGAGGGGUCUCAAUACAGGGAGGUGGCCAAGGAACAGCACUUCUCAGUGGCCACCAGUUCAUAUAUCCCCUCAAAAGGCUCUACUUUUCUCCACCAAACCAUUGGGUUGCCCAACUGUGAUGGAAAAAACAAGCAGAUGUUGGCCCAGAACUCCAGGACCUCCCUGUGGGCUGAGGCUCAUGUGGCAUACAAUUCAGUGUGACCAGUUUUAAUGUUCAGAAAUAUGUGAAUUAGAAUGACUUUUAACUUCACACAGCACAAAAGAGAAAUGGAGUUUAAACUGGAUUUGUUUUGUUUUGAGUUUCAAGUCCCUUUUCACUACAACACCGUCCAAAACUAUCUACCUGUCUCUUCUUUUUUUAUCCAUCUGCCCGCUGUAUUUUAAUGUCAAUCCUAAUUCAGACAAAUCCGCAACUUCAUGAUACUGGUAAUUUAUAAUAAUUCAUGAUCAUUGCUGUUUUGAAGGAAAAGAGAUGAUAAAUUCUCUUACGGUUUCAAUCAGGUAAUGGAUUUUGUUUUACAUCUAGUUAGGAGAAGAAAAGUAAGUGAAGGAAUCCUCUGAUCAUAUUGAUCACUAUAGAAGCAAAAGCCAAAUCAGUUCCCUUCAUUAUCAGUAUUUCUCAUGCUGUACACAAUAAAUUUGUUAGACUGAGUACUUGGUUUUUGUUUAAUAGAACAAAUAAUCAGUGUUUCACUUAUAUUACUAAAUGUGAAAAACAUAAUGUGAAAAGUAUACAUACAUUAACUUGGUUGUAAAACUCAUUUUAAGUGUUCAUGUAAUGUGGUAAGUUUAAAAAGUGAAGUGAGCUGUUUUACUACAAUGAAUUCGUUUGACUCAAAGAUUAAAAUGCCCCUCCCCCUAUGUGUAUCUCUUAUGGCCUGUAAUAAUUGAAAGCAAUGUUUUUGCAGUUUAUAUAAUGCAAUUUUUAAUCUGUGUUCAAAAAUGGAGUUCAUAUGGGCUUAACACAUGAAAUGGGUGGCACAGAUCCACUUGCAGAACCCAAAGAUACACAAUCAAUUUUGAAAUGCAACUUAAGCCAUUAAUUGUUGGUGUGAAUUUAAAAUUUUCUAGUGUUUGUAUGGUAGUAUGCUGCCUAAGAGCAAAGCAUUCUCUGCACAAAAGAAAAUUACUGUAGUGGCUUCGAUUUUAAUUAGAAUUUUCUCCCUGGUGUUUCUUUAUAGACUAAAACAAAAUCUUUUAAGUUUCUUACUACAGGUAAAAGCUAUGUGCAAGAACCUCAAAAUGCUAAAAUCUAGCAUAAUGCCUUAGAUCUGUUUUUAAGUCUUGUAUAUUCCUACAUAGCUGUCCGAUGUAUUAUAUUUGUAUAGUGAAUUGUGUACAAUUUUUGAAUAAGUGCAUCAUCACUUAACCUUUAUGUUGUUUGAAUAGUGAUGAUGAUACAUUUCUUCAAACAUUUAACUGUCAUUUUUUUUCCUUUGUCAUUUGUGAGUUUUAUUUGUACAGUUCCUCAUGAAGUUGCAUCUGAGAUGUGUGUAUAUGAAAAGAUUAUACAAGGGUAAAAUUAAGCAAUAUAUUAACUAUGGUUCUUCAGGAGAAAGCUUACAGUGUUUCAGGUUGUGAUUUAUUUUCAAAAUGGAGUUGACUCUGAACAUCACUUUGUUCACCUGCAUUGAUGUUUGUAUUUCUGGUGUGAGCAGUUUAUGCAAAGGUAGAUAUAUUCAGAGAAAUUUUAAAUACAUUUAUGCAAGUUAAUAUUGCUUUGCUGAUGCUAUUUGCUUAUUUGAUGUUAAAUAAUGCUAUUGUAAAUAAAGAAUUCUGUUGUUGCAUCAUUUAAUAAAUUUUAAUGCCUUCGGGUUUUA